UUUAGGUAUGUGCCUACAAAGAUGGAGAAGUUAUAAUUGAUACUUCCGCCGGUCAGCUUGGAAGAUAUGAUCCUCGGCCUGUUCAGCCUGACAGCCUAUUUCCUGUUUUUUCAGUAACAAAGGGGAUUACUGCAGGAAUGUUACAUUGGCUGGUUGAUAACGGGAAACUGCAAUUCGAGGAAAAUAUCGCAAACAUCUGGCCACAAUUCAGAACAAAUGGAAAAGAUUCAAUAAAGGUUUGCCAUGUCCUGAACCAUACAUCUGGAUUGCACAAUGGAAUGGCUGAUAUCAGGGAUAAUCCUUUACUCAUAUGUGACUGGAAUGAAUGCUUGAACCAUAUUGCUAUGUCAGUCCCUGAAACUGAGCCUGGACUGGAGCAGCUUUAUCAUUAUUUGUCCUUUGGCUGGUUAUGUGGAGGUAUUAUUGAGCAUGCAUCUGGAAAGAAAUUUCAAGAGGUUCUUGAAGAAGCAAUCAUUCAUCCUCUCAACAUUGAAGGAGAACUAUAUAUUGGCAUUCCUCCAGGUGUGGAAUCUCGCCUUGCAACGCUCACUUUAGAUACAGAAGACUUAUACAGGCUCUCCAGGAUAAGCAGUCCUCCUGAUCUUCCUUCCUCCUUCCAGACAAACAAUAUGUUGCAGCUUGUAACAGGACUUCCUGCUCUCUUCAACACACUCAACGUGCGCCGUGCCAUUAUUCCUGCUGCCAAUGGGCAUUGCUCAGCCCGAGCGCUUGCACGCUACUAUGCAACCCUUGCUGCUGGUGGCAUGGUCCCACCGCCACAUGUGUCUUCCAGGCCACCACUUGGCAGCCAUCCUCACAUCCCAAAGUUCCCCUCUUUGGAAUCACCAGAGAAAAAGAAAGCCAACAAAAUGAAGGAGAUGGUUAUUCCAAAGAAGAAGACUAAGGUUAAUGACCACAGUAGAAAUUCUAAGAACGGUAAUAAUGAUAAAAAGACUAGCAUUGACAGGUACACUAGGCUCUGUACCAGUGGUAGUAGUUCUAGUAGUAGUUCUAAUACACCUGACAGUGUUGAUGGAAGUGAGAGCGAUGAUCAUAGAAGAGGUGUUAGCAAGAUUUUUAGUAACCAAAAGAUUCAUGAUGCAUUCUUGGGUGUUGGUGACUACAGUAAUCUGGUUUUACCAAAUGGGAAAUUUGGGCUAGGUUUCAGAAGGUUCAGCCUGAAGGAUGGAUCCCUAACUAGUUUUGGCCACUCAGGCAUUGGUGGAUCAACAGGUUUUUGUGACAUAGAGAAUAGGUUUGCAAUAGCGGUUACUUUGAACAAGCUCUCACUUGGGACUGUGACGGGGAAUAUAAUACAGUUUGUUUGCUCCGAGCUAAAUUUGCCUGUGCCUGAGGAGUUCUCAAGAUUUGGUGAGAAUGGACCUGAUAUAAACCCGAAUUUAGGAAGGCCAUUGAUAAAUUAAACGAUAAAAUCUUUUUAACUUCUUUAUUUUUUAAUUAUGUAUUUACAAACAUGUAUAUUUGUAUGCAAGAUAUUCCAUGGCAGCAAUACUGUAAGUUUCCAUUGCCUGUAAAAUGAAGAUACAUAAAAUAAAAAUGUUUACAUAAUCCUUUUGGAUUUGAGCA